AUGCCCGAUAUUGAAUUAAUGGAUAGAUUUGUAAUCGUACAUGAAGAUUCGGGGCAACUUCUUGAUCCAACUGAAUAUAUAGAUGGACCAUAUGAAUAUUGUCCUGUUGAAAAUGAAUAUGGUUCAUCAGUUCACUUCAAAACAAGGAUAUCAAUAAGUACAUGUAAAAUCACGGAAAUGUCAUAUGAAUAUGUAGUAGCAACAUAUGGCGACUGUCUAGCAAUUGUUGCUACACUAGAAGAGAGAUGGAAGGCCCUGGCCUCUCAUGUCCCCAUUUUGUAUCUGCCACAACUUUCCUCAAUACAGUUCUGUAUACUUGAGUUAGUGGGUAAAGCACGUGAAAAUGGACAAAUGACUGUAGGAAAUACAAAUUUGACAAAAAUAAUGAAAGAUCCCAAACACCUUUUUUACAAUAGAAAACAUUUACAAGACUUGGGUAUAAUCAAAACACAAUGCCACACACAAGUUGUACAAGGAAGGGAAAAAGUAGAUUUUCUGAUAAAAAAUGGAUAUUUAAAUACACAGCAGAGUAAAAGAUUGCAAAAAACUAUCAAUGUUUUUCAUUUUGAAGAAAGACACUUAAAAGUGGAAGAAAUAUCAAAGAGUAGAAGACAAAAGGUAAUUGUAAAAAAGAAGUACAUCAGUUUAGAAAUAUCAAGUGAGGAAUCAGAUCAUUCCGAUAAUGAUACAAAUACUACUCCCUUGGAAUGUCAGUAUAAAGUUGGAGUCAGUCUUUUGAGACAAGCAUAUGAAAGGUUCUUAGAAGCAGGUCUGAGAGGAUUAACACAGAUUGAAUUAGCACAGAUUUUGGGUGUGGAAUUUUACACAAGCCGAACAAUUUGUAGAACAUUCAAAUCGAACAAUAUUGUGAAGGAAUUCUUGGAAGACAAAGGGAGACAGAGAACUGCAAGAUACAUCGCGGUGGCCGCUACUUCUGAAAUGGACCAACAAUAUGCGGUAGAGAAAAAGAAACUACUGGAUUUUCUAAACACCACCGGCGUCGAACAGAAUGGCGAAGAGGAAGAAGUGCCCAGUAAGAAAGCAAAAUUGGAUGAUACAAUCGACAAUGAAAUCACCGACAGCGGCGACACUGACAUAACGGAAGUGAAAAUAAUCGACGGCCUGGAGAACAUGACACCCGAAUCGCUCCUCAACGCGAAGAAGAAUCCAACGUUGAGACAGCUGAAGUUCGCCAAUGGCCUGUUGAAGGUAGUGAGACAGAAACGCGCCGUCUCCGGCUAUCAGACACUGAGCACCUUCGUCUCCAAGGAGAUCGGUGAGCCGCCGAUGGACACGAAGGCCCUGAAGCUGUUCGUUCAAAAGCUGGUCAGCGACGGACAGGUGAAAAUGUACAAAAUCAAGUGGCCCGGUUUCCAACAGAAAUACACGACGCUGGUGUGCGAGCCGACGAUGCAGAGGAACGAUCCGUUCAUCAAGUCGAAGCACAAUGAGAUCAGUCUCAAAGCGCUCACCAGCAAGAAGACAAAAGUCAAACGCGCCCUUACGGAGAGUGUCUCACGACCCUUAUCCCAGUUCGCUUAUCCAAGGUACAUGAAGAUACAAAAACUACAUGAGCUAAUUAGCAGUGUGGUGUACUUUAACAAUCUAACCAACGAGUUGCCCGAUGGAUUCGCCUCCGUCCUCACUAUUGUGCCACACAUGACAAUAGGAUUUGCCAUAGGGAACAUCAGCAAUGUCGCCAUAUCCGACAUCUCCCAUAUGAAAAUUAACGACAGUUUGCUGGACGUGAGACUUAAAGACGCUCCGUCCGACCUAUACGAGAGGCUAUUGCAAUCAAAAAGCUUGCAAAACUCGAUAAGGUUCAAUCUAAAGGCGCUAGCCAUGCUGGGGCUAAUCCAACUGGUAUCUGAAAAUGCACCGCCCUCUACGCACGAGUACGAAGGCAACCUUCUAAGCUACCUUUUCUACGUCAAUCGUCAUGCAAAAAUUUUGGACACCACCGGCGUGUGGCCUAAGCCGAAUGUGGAUUGCGAGAAGCUAGAGAAGUCAUACUACUUCAAUACAUUCGAUGACGUGACAACGUAUUGGAGUGAUGUCUAUAACAUAAGCACUAGCACGAACGUGGAGAUUGUUAUAAAACGCGACCGGAAAAAGAUAAAACCGCCCGUGAGGAGAGCGGGGGACGUUUCGAUGCACGACGAUGGUGAACGCUACGGCGACGGGCUGGGCCCGUGCGGGUUCGAUUCCAGUUUCUUCAUGGACAUACCGCGUCUAUGGCGCACGUUCUACAUACGAAGCGCGAAAAUCAGCCAGCCGCCGAUACGUAGGAAGAAGAAGACGAGGAAACCCAAGGCAGAAGUGGUGAAGAAACCGAAAGUGAAACCGGUGAGGGUGAAAAAGAAGCUGCAAAAGCCGACCGUGAAUGCGCUGGCGUUCAGUAGGCGCAAGCGGCGCAAGCAACCGGAAGCGCCUAUAAAGUGGUCCAAGUGGGAGGAUAGGAUUAUAAUGCUGUGCAAAGCAGCCAUCACUAUUAUGAGCCCGACGUCCCACCCGGACUGCUUGAGGGUUCGGAACACAGUGGCCAGGGAGAUACUCAUCAUGAACGAUGACAAAAAGACAGCGAGCGUCUGCCACAGGAGAGCGGCCGCUUUGGAAUCCUCCUCGACCCUGAUGCACGAAAAGGAGUGCAUAUUGAACGAAGUAAGACGGAGACGGCACAUAAUACAGAAAUACGAAGGAUUACUGAAAAGACUCAGAGCGCGUUACGCCGCGAACCUAGCUAGAUUGUUCAAAGAGUGCAGGCUGCCAAUGCUGGAAUUAAUUUGGACGAUGUGUCUCAUAUCUAGGACCAAAUCCUUCACGCAAAGGUUGCCCUGCGUAGCGAUGGACCUAGAGGAGUUCAACAAAAACUACAGAAUCACCUCGCCUACUCCCAGGAAAUCGUACAACAUGUACCGGACACCCGUUGAAUGCGAACCACUUCUCGCCUCUAUAAAAGAAGGCAUCAUCAUGACCACCAUGUUGUCCUACAACAACACAGUGAACGCUGAUACCGCCUCUAAAAUUUACUCGGUGUUCAAAAAGCACCCAGAGCUUCUUCUACGUACGGCAUUGGAACAGUUGCGAAAGAGCGGCGCAAUCGCUGCCAGGGAUAAGAUUUUGAACAACCAUUUCCACAGGAUCCAAAUAGAGGACAUAGUUCAAUCUUCUUAUAAAAUAUCCGCUUUCUACCAACGCAGGUGGCUUUGCAGGCUCAAUUCAGAGUUCGUAGAGCAACUCGGUUAUGUUUUAGACGCGGGAUUGCCUGAGAAUGGAAUCAAGGGUUCAGCAGAAAUUAACUGCAUUUUUUGCGAAUUUCUUACGUGUGACAUUAUAGAUGUUAUAUCGGUCACAACCCCAACUAUAUCUGGGUACUCUGGUUCCAUAAUGCAGGAGGAACAGUUGAACGUCAUCGAUAUAGAAAAUAAGUACUCACUUAAGUCUGGAUUAGUGGGUUACAAGAAUAAAUGCAAUUUGAACAAGUUUUCAGAUGUAUAUAAAGACAUUGAUAUUGAUGAAUGCAUUAAGAUUAUUCAAAGUUACAAUCUUGUUAAGCAUGAUGAGGGUGGACUUGUAGUAGUAAAUGAUGAAGUUAUAACAUAUUUAAAGCAAAAAGGUGAACAAGGAUGUACAUUCAAAGAAUUACAGACAAUUCACUGCAGCGAUCCGAAAUCACUACGUGAAAAACUAAUAGAAUUUGAAGCCAAAAAUAUUAUCAAACGAGUUGGCUACUACGAAAACCGCAUAAUAUUAACGGAGUUCUUCAAACACUGGUCGUUAGACGUGGAAGAAGACAAAAGCGUCAUACCGGUUCCAUGGCUAACAUUAGACUACGAUGUGAGCCGAGCGCUGCCGCCCGGAUUAAUACGGCCGAGCUACCCGAUCUACAGAGCGCGAGACCCCAGAUACCGACGGCUUCGAAAAAUCGGCGUAGAACAAUUCCUGGACGUCUCACCCUACGUCAGGCCAGUGAACCACCACUACACU